UACGCGGCACUCGCGAGGACGUUAGCCCGCCGACCGCCGGCCGCCGCACACGCGUCGCGCGCGUUACCAUGUCCCGCGCCCGUUCCAUGUGUUAAAACUGUUAAACUGUGCCUGGAUCACUUCUCGUUCACUAUGAGUGAAUCGCUGCUGAAAGAGGAUCCGCUCUCUAGGAUCCAGAGGGAGAUAAUAGAGGUCACAGAAAGAGAGAGAGAAUUCAAGGAAGGGCACUUCAGGGUGAACAGAAUGCUGUCGGAGUCGACGAUUGAGAUGAACCAUCAGAAUGGUCACAUGAAUGGUGACGCGGAGAAACCGCCGCGUACGUUGAACCGUGCUGUAUCUACGUCACAGCUCCUCGGGCCUAUCGCCCCGUCGCCGCCCACACCACCGGCUUUGCUGAACACAAAUGGCUACACGAGACGCUUCACACCUCAGAAUGGAACCAAAGGCAUCAUGCAAAGGUUCAUAGCCAACAAAGGGAAACUCCCUACAACCUCACCUAUGACGCCUACAUCGCCUGUCGCAUUCGCUCCACCUCUAAUCUUCACACCUUCCCCUGUAGUGACCCCUAUCAGCCCUACAACGCCUAUCAUCACACGCACGUCUGAAGGCAAACCCGUGCGAAAAGGAUACGUACCUGUUGAGGAGAAAAUCCAGAAAGAGCUUCAAGACAUGAAGGAUAGAGAACACGAACUGAAACGCAUGAGGAAGAAGCAGAGGCCUUUUGAUUUAGAGUUGAGUGAUAAUGAGACUAGCUCCGAGUCUGAGGACGAAGAGAUCCCGAUGCCAGGGAAAUUAAAGGCGACUAAAUCCAUAGGAGAGCUGUAUGAGGCUUUAAAUGAUGAGCUACGGUCACCGUCGCCAAGGAACAGCUCUGGACAUGAGUCUAUAGGAAGUUUGAAGCCGGCAAAAUCCUUGGCUGAGUUGUGUGAACUCAGUCCAGGACAGGAAUUCCUGGCGCCAAGUUCUACAAGACUCAUCGCGCAGUGGGAGUCCAUCAUUCAGCAGAAACACGAAACUGGUGCGGCCUAACUGGUGUUACGAGAUAUCGUAUGAUAAGUCCAAUGUGAUCGUCGCUCGGAUGCGGCGCCGAAAUGUGUGUGGGUUUUGGUAACUUUAUCUAGUGCGAAACACGAUACGGUACAAUGGACAGUCUAAUAAGCAGGUCGCGAGUGUGAAUGAACGUCUGGUGAAGAAAUUACAGCGGUUUUUGUCCCGCAAACUUCAGCUGAUCGAUUUCUUUCAUCGAUCAGUCGCGGCGCGCAAUUAAUUUUCUCCCGAUCGCGAACAAUGCAAAUGAUGGUUAUCCGUAACAGCAAUUAUCUCGUGCAUGCGUUGUUGGAAAGCGGCCGAUACAUGAUCCGAACUCCUCGAAGUGUAAGUUUCUUCCUAUUGUUUGGUAUCUGAAUACUGAAAAACCUGGGUAUUUUGCGUCGCUUUCCCAGUCCGCGGGACACGCCGCCGGCUCCAUUGUGCUGCCUUUCUUGGCGUUGUGAGAAAACUUAUGAUCAUAAAAACCGAUGAUUAGCCGGGAAUUCGCUCCCAGUGCCACAAUAAAGCGAUUAAUAACGCUAUUCAGCAUGACGUGGAUUGUUUUCUGUUUCCCGCGUGUCACCGCGGUUCUGUUAUGUGUGGUCAUUGCGUUAACUACGCCAAUAAUCGUUAUUUAUCUGUCAAAAGAUUAGGGAACUUUCAACUUCCACACAGUAAGAGAUUGAUGGAUGAGCUACGAAUGAGUAUUCGGCCGAAGCUGGCCUUCGAAUGUUUUGAUGGACCGAGCACCUCCAUUCGUGUUCAUAUUUCACUAUCAUUUAUAACUCUAAUGAGCGUUCGCUUGGCCCGUCAAUUGGGUCACUAGUGUUCCUUUCAAUUUCUAGUAUUAAUGUACUUAACUCUUCACUUUAACGAGUGCCUUUGAAAGUCAGUAGUGUCAAAUAGCGUGCCUUAUUUACAUCUAGUUCUAGUGCACAGAAAUUGCUCUUUAUUUCUUUUAAUUUUAUAUAAUAUCCUAAUCUAAUGCAUUUUUUACAUUCCAUUCUAACUUUUAACUUUAUUUAAGGAAGCAGUUCAAACAAUAAUGUUAAUUUGAGGCAGUAACUGAUUAAUUAUUGUGAUUAAUUAGUGCUUUAUGAAGGCCGAAAGGCAUCAACCUUGACUGUAGUUUCUUGAUGAUUAUUUUUCAUUUCUUAUGCAAUGUUGCGAAUUUUUAUAUUCUAACUAAUGCAUAGGCAAAACAACCAUGUCACUAGCUUUAGAUGUAGCCAUAAAAUGCGGUGUGUGUGGAAUGGGACACUGUCAUAACACGUGUUAUUGUGUCAUUGGACGAAAGCGUGCGACAGAUUAUAAAUAGCUAAUAUGUUGGGUUCUGAGUUUUGCAUUUUAUACAUUGUAUUUUUUAUAAGUGGGAUUGUGAUUAGGGGUAGAUUUUGUGGUUAUUCGUUGGUAAUAUUUGAAACUACGUGAUAUGUAAUUUUCCCGAAAGGUUGAUCUAUCUAUUGACGAGAAUAUAUUUUAAAUUGUCUGUUAUUCCUAAUAAAUCUUUAUUGGUGAACUUUUAGAGUCGUCAUACGACAUCGUACUACCAUAAAUAAUUGUCUAUUGUAGUUUAGUUAGCCAAACACGCUUAGAGGGCCUGAAUAUUGACUGAUCUCGUUCUUACCGCAAAAAUAUCGUGCGUAAGAAAAGACGGUAUUUUGUCAGCUUGGUAUUGACUGUCACAUUUGACUACCCAGAACGUAGUUUUGUGCCAAUUAUGGUAGUACACUUAGUAUAGUCCAGUUCACAAACAUAUUUUACAGGCCAACGUUUCAAAAAUAUUUACACUCUAAGUCUAAGAUGCCGAAAAGGAGAUGGCGGGACGCGGACGGGACGACUUGGACGCAUUUAAUCCGGAACGACAGGGUCGAGUAAACGAACGACACUAAAUUAGGCUAGUAAAAAAAAAACCAGUAAGAUAUGUACUGAUAUUAAGGCCGUGUAAAUAUAUUUUUGGAACGUAGGCUUGUAUUAAAGAUGUUUGCUAACUCGACCGUACAGUCGCGUUUUGACUAUUCUAUGUCAUUCCUCAAAGUUUGAAAUGUAUUCUGCUGGACUAUUUUAGCAUAUUAAUAAAUUAGUCAAAUUAAUUUAAUUUUAUUAGUUACUAGAGCAAAAUAAUAAUAAUCGAGAUUGAUAGUAUUAAUUGUUGCAAUAAGGCCGACGGUGCCAGCGUAGGAUCUUAUUGAAAUAUUUAUUGUAAUAUACGAAAUGCUCGUCGUAAUAUUUGCGAGCGAAAUAUUUAUAAAAGCCAUCCUAAAUGUUUUUCUAUUGAAAAAAAAAACGGAGAAUACUAAGGGUAUAGAACUUGUACAUGUCUGAUUGCAACACGACGUCGAACCGGCAAAAUCGGUGAUAGAAAUUUUAUAGUUUGUCUAACUUUAGUCUUCACCGCUAAUUUUAUAGUUUGUAUAACUUUAGUCUUCACCGGUAAUUUUUUUCUGAAAAUAUGAUGUUUAUAGGUGCACUGAAAACUUUUAACUUACCACUCUAUGGUCAAUGUGGGGAAAACCGACAUAUACAAUUUUUGUUUGAGAAGACCGUCACAGAGCCAGAACUCUCGUAUUUGUAUAUGUACUUCGGUCAGACAGUCAGAAAGGAAGAACUUCUCUCCUUCUGCUCUGCCUUCUGCACAGAAUAACUAAUCCUUCUGUAAGUGAAGUAUGUGUUCAAACAUAAGAGUUAGAAGUUCUUCUUCUUCUUCUUGUGUUAGGGGCUAUAUAAGGCACCAAAGCCUAUGUAUCAGUGCAACCAUCCCUGAUCUAUUGUGAUCGCCACCUACUACAACUCUCGAUCCAAACCUGCAACUUCAAACAGCUGCAGGAUCUUUUUGAUUUCGAGAGACUAACUCUUUAGAAGUUAGAAGCAAUGAAACAGUUUGCAGAAGGUCUUACCUGAAGGUCUUCUCCACAUUGACCGUAUGUACCUAGUUACUAAAGGUCGCUACACACGUACAUUUUCUCAUCCUGCAUAUGGGCAGGAAAUUUUUGUACGGAAGUGUUAUUGAGUGACCGUCCGUUGUUUAGGAAUUUUUCCGGGCUUGUCCUAGAUGGCAAUAAAACAUGUCCAAACCGUCAAGAAAAGAGCCUAUUCCCGUCUUAAUGGCACUUACAACCCCCCUGGUAUCUAUGGGUCUGCUCGUUUGCCUCCUAUAUAAUAAUAAAAAAAUUACGAUGCUAAUAAUUUUAUUUUUGUCCGGUAUAACGUAGUGUUGCAGUUGUGUAGUUAUGUCUGUUCUUUCCAAUUAUUCUGUUAAAAUAUCUUUUGAAUAUUACUACAUGUAGGUCCAUGAUGGAUACUUUCUUAACGUUCCGCAAAAAAUGUGAUAAUAAAUUGCCUUAAUAUUGUUAACUUUACAUUAUAUUAUAUACAGUUUUGUAAAAUACCGUUCCGACCGUUUACAAAUUAAAUGAACUACUUAUUUAUAUAAUAUUGUGCAUAGUAGUUAAAUUGUUAAUUUAUAAAUAUUUAAGUUUUUGAAAUAAAUACAUUGUGAAAAGCA